GUCCCGGUCCCCGCCGCCGCUGCAUCCUCGGCUCCCGCCCCGGAGCCCGAGUCUCCCGCGCCCCCAGCGCAUCCCCUUGCCAUGGCUGCGGUGGCGCUGAUGCCGGCGCUGCUGGUGCUACUCCUGCUGGCAUCGCCGCCCGCCGCCUCCGCGCCGCCCGCUCGCGACCCCUUCGCUCCACAGCUCGGGGACACACAGAACUGCCAGCAGCGGUGUCGCGAGCGCGACCCCGGCCCACGGCCCUUGCAGGCGGGGCUUCCGAGCCCCUCAGAGUCCCCGUAUGACAAGGCGGUGCUGAUCAGCGCUUGUGAGCGUGGCUGCCGUCUCUUCUCCAUCUGCCGAUUCGUGGCCAAGAGCUCCAAGCCCAACGCCACCCAGACUGAAUGCGAAGCAGCCUGUGUGGAAGCCUACGUGAAGGAGACGGAGCAGCGGGCCUGCCGCGAGGGCUGCUGGAGCCAGUCCCCUGAGCCGGAGCAGGAUCUCCAGCUGGAGCAGAAGAGAAAGGUCCUGGAAACUCCUAGUGGGGCCUUAUCCCUCCUGGACUUAUUUUCCACCCUCUGCAAUGACCUCGUCAACUCGGCCCAGGGUUUCGUCUCCUCCACUUGGACAUACUACCUGCAGACUGACAAUGGGAAGGUGGUGGUGUUCCAGACCCAGCCUGUAGUCGAGAGCCUUGGGUUCCAGGGGGGCCGUCUGCAGCGAGUGGAGGUGACCUGGAGGGGAUCUCACCCUGAGGCUUUGGAGGUGCACGUGGACCCGGUGGGCCCCCUGGACAAGGUGAGAAAGGCCAAGAUACGCGUCAAGACCAGCAGCAAGGUCAAGGUGGAGUCUGAAGAGCCGCAGGACAACGAUUUCCUCAGUUGCAUGUCCCGGCGCUCGGGGCUGCCUCGCUGGAUCCUGGCCUGCUGCCUCUUCCUGUCUGCGCUGGUGAUGCUGUGGCUGAGUUGCUCCACCCUGGUGACCGCACCAGGCCAGCACCUCAAGUUCCAGCCCCUGACCCUGGAGCAGCACAAGGGCUUCAUGGUGGAGCCAGACUGGCCCCUCUACCCUCCGCCAUCACACACCUGUGAGGACAGCCCCCCGCCCUACAAGCUGAAGCUGGACCUGACCAAGCUGUAGGCCUCGGUUGGCCCGAGCAUUGCCA